UUCGGAUAUUUUCGGAUUAUGCAAAUUAGAUUUAAGGUCAACCGAUCGCAUUUCACUCCACUGCGCAGAUGGCGGUCUUCCUCAUUAACGAGUGUAAAUAUUUGGGCUGUGGACUGGAAUUCCAGUCGUUAGGAGACUUGAUUCGACAUAUAGAAGACACUCAUAUUGAAACAGACCCCUCACAAUUACAGAAUCAAGAACUGGAACAGCCUCAAUCAUUGGCUCCUAGUUAUAUACUUAGAUUUUACACAGAUGCUGAUUUAAAGUUCAAAGUGAGGCCAGUAUCUCCAUCCUCCUCUCUCAGGAGUAGUACACCUAUAGGAAGUGAACUUGAUGACGAAGAUUUGCAGACGGACGGGUAUGAAAGUGAUGAUUCAGUUUCUGUGUCAUCAAGUCAGGAACUUACGGCUCCACUUAUACUAAGUAUGUUAACCAGAAAUCCAGGAGAAUGUGAUAAACCUAUUGUCUGUCCGAUACCAGGUUGUAAAAAGAGCUACAAAAAUAUUAAUGGAAUGAAGUACCAUGCUCGGAAUGGCCAUAAAAAGGAUAUAGGAUUCAUUCAGAAGGCAUAUAAAUGUGAAUGUGGUAAAAAUUACAAGACAUUACAUGGGCUGAAAAAUCACAACUCAAAUUUGCACUCCUGUGAUUCAUUAACCAUGAAAUCUGUGACCUUGACUAAAACAAAGGACAUGUUGAUAGCAACACAGAUAUUUGCACCAAGGGUCUUAAAGAAAGAACCAGCAAUUAAACAUGUCAGCAUGGCACCAAAUAUCAUAAGACAGACAUCAACUUCUUGUCAGUUUACAAAUAUCUUAAAGUUAAACAAAGAUAUCAGCCAUGAAAAGUUGAAAUCUCCUGUGCUUAGUAUGAAUUCAAUGCUGGCUUCAGAAGAUGUACAUGUUGACGUUAUGGAAACAUCAUUCCUGGAUGACGAAAGUCAGUCAUUUAUUACUUCAGAACAAGCAAGAUUCCAGUGAAUUUACGUUUUGAUAACCAUUUUGUCAAUUUCAUUGCAGUAUUUGUUACAUUUCAGGUCUUAUUCAAAGACUUGACAUCAGGGGUAAUCUUAUAAUAUAAAAAUGUCUUUCAAUCAUACAGUGUAUGGAAAACCAAAGUGCCAAACAUUUUCAUUUUCUUAUAGUGCAUAUCAGAUCAUUUUUUCAGCUAGAAUUAAUCAUUUCAUUUAUUUAUAUUUUAUUGUUACAUUUUCAUUUCAUUGUUAACACAAGAUAACUUUAAUUACAUACUUUGUUUUAUCUGGUCAAAUGACGGUAUCCUCAGUUUAUUGAUACAGUCAAAAUGUUACAUGUUAAAAUUUUCAUCUUUAUUUUCUUACAAAUUUGAGAUUUCUGAUGAAUUUUAAAAAAUGGUAAAAAGUUAUGAAAUCCUUUAGUUAUGUAUUAAAUACAAUGAAAAAUUGAUUAUAUAUGAUUCAUUCCACUGUUUGACAGUUAAUUUACACCAUUCCAUUCCGCUAAUUAUGACAUUUAAAGUAUUUCACAGUUUUUGAAAUAUACAUGUGAUAUUAACAUCUAUAUUUGUCUAAGACAAAAAUGAGCUACAGUUCACACAUUCUGAUCUAGUUAAAAAAACCUCUUGCAGUUUUGAAUGAAUUGCUGUAAAACUGAUGUUUUAGGGUGACUACAUUCUGAUUUAUGACCCUGUCUUAUAUUAUAUUCUGAAUAUACAGAGCUCUUUCAUAUUGAAUCUUCUACAAUCACAAACUUACAAUGACAAUUUCCUACCUCAAAAUCACAUAGGCUGCAGAUUUUUGUUCUAACAUUUAUGUUAAAGCUCCAUGCUGUUCUCUAACUGUUUUUUACUUGCAAUAAAAAGAGUAAAACAUUUUCAAGGGAGAUAAUUAAAAUCAAAAUGUCUCUUAAUAAAAAGACAUUAAAAUAACAUUGAAACUUCCAAUUUUGAUGAAACCCCAAAGCUACCUUUAGUAUCUUUGAAUAUGAUUAGAUACAUAGUUUGUAGUAUUAAGAUUGUAAAAUAUAAAAAAAACUCAUAAAAGUGCAAUAUUGAAAAAAAAAGUUUUGCUAUUUUGUUGUUUUAUACAUAUGUUAUAUUGUUUUACUGUUCAAUUAUGUGCAUAGGUGCUAGAAUUUUUAUAAUCUGAUAGAAAAUAACAUGUCUUAAUUUUGUUCUGCUAUGAAUAUGUUACAAACAUAGAUUUAGCUUUGUUUGUUUUCAUCUGUUGGUCUGGUCUUGUUAUGCAUCUUAAAUAUUUUUCUCAAGAACCUGUGGCUAAAUAUAUAUGAUAUUUGAUCUUUAUGUACAAUUUUUAUACUCAUGCUUGAAUGACUUGUAUAUUUUUGUGUUAAAGUUCAAUGAUAUUGGUUUUUUUUCCCACAAUACAUGCAUAAUACAUACCUGUAACAAAAGCGAAAUGAGUCAGCAUGAUAUUUAUUUCCUUUGUUUGACUUAAAUAACUGUCCACAAUCUUAACAUUUAUUCUUUGCCUUCUUUUAAUAUUAUCAAUCACCUCGCAAGGUUUCAUAUAUUAGGAUUUUAAAGAUGUCUUUGGAAAUGUUGUGUUCAAAUAGUCCAUUUGCCAAUUACUGAUUUAAUUCUGUUAUUACACACUUUUUAAACAAAUUACUUCCCUUUGUUAAUCAUAGACUGUUUAUAUGCUAGACAAAAUUUGCUUUUGCCCACUCAAUGUCAAUCGUAGACUGUUUCUCUGCCGGACAAAAUUGGCUUUUGCCCACUCAAAAGCAUAAGUUCAAAGUGAUAUAUAGGCGUUUUAACAAAUUUCUGUUGAAAAAUAACUUCUUGUAUCAAAUGUAUUGAACAACAAAUAAGAUUCAAUCCUUAUAAAAGAUUGGCUUAUUAUACUACAAUAAAAUAAAACAAAUUAGAUGUUAUUUAAUGGUUUAAAAACUUAAAGGUUACACACAUUACGCACUUAUAUAUUUGCACUUUCUGCUAGCUCUCCAUUGUCAAUAAAAGUUAAUGUCCCUUCUAAGGGAGACAGCCAAAAAAAGGAUUUCUAAUUACAGGAUCAAUUACAGGGAAUUUGCAAAUAAACUAUUAUAUCAAUCACUAUUGCUGGUCAAAUUACAGUUGCUAAGUCUUUUUUUUUUAUAAUUUCUCAUUUUAAGUGGUUGCAUACAAUAUAUGAAAACAAAGAUUUUGAUUUUAUUUUUAACUAUUGUCAUGUAAUAAUGUGUUCUGAUGAUGUACAUUUGUUUUUUGACAUGUUCCUUGAUGAUGUAUGUGUGUUUGUUGACCUGUUUUAGGGAUAAUGUAAAUUGUUUUUGUUGAAAUGUUCUAAUGAUGAUGCUACGGGAGGGUACCCAAAUUGCACCUUUUGUGACAGUUUUUUUACCUACGUUUUUUUAGGAUCCAUUCUGUGUUUAUUUUGAAAAUGUAUCCUUAUUUACUUUAUAGUAAAACCAAUUUGGUUUUGAAUUCAUAUUGCAUCAUAGAAAAAUGGGUUUGAACAGACCUCCAAACAAUCGACAAUUCCAUUAUGAGGAGUACCCACAUUGAAUCCAUGCUUGAAUUCACAUCCUUAAAAAUUGAGUAACAGAUGUUUGUUCAAUUUCUUGACAUAAGUCAAUGCUUACUAUUCAUUGCUUGUUACAUAUUUUAUUUUCUCAUUUUUAAAAGAUGACUUUUUGAUAACGUGGCAUGGCCAUGCAACGUUUCUGUAGAUUUAAUUUUUCAAGUGAGUGUUUCAUCUAUUGAUAUUUAGUGUGAACAUUUUUUUAUAAUAUUUAAAUAUAUUCAGCUAUAUUGAAAGACAUGUAUAAUGUUAACUUUCAAAAUGCAAAUUGUUUAGUCUCAAAGAAAACUUGUGAGAUUUUGCAGCUAUUUUUGUUGAAUAGAUGCAAUUUGGGUACUGUGGUGUUAAUUGGUUUUGAUGACAUGCUUAAUGACAUGUCUUAUGAUGUUUGUGUAGUUUUUUUUACAAGUUCAAUGAUGUAUAUGUGUUUGUUGACAAUGUUCAGUGAUAAUGUAUGUGUGUUUAUUAAUGUGUUCAAUGAUGAUGAACAUGCAUUUGUUGAUCUGUAAUGUAAUAUUGUAUGCUCUGUUUCUUAUUCAAUCCUAUACAAUUCUUUAACAAUGAGAUCACAAUGCUCUGACACAAUGUAAUACAUUUCAAAAACAUUCGGAUAACCAGAAUUAACUAUUCAAAAAUUUUGCGUCAAUGCCUCAAAAACCGCUUGUUUUGAUAUUACAAUGCAACAGAUAACUAUUAUAGAAGAAAUUUAAUCAAUUAGAUUUAAAUGAAGCAGAAUAUUUUGGUCACUAUGACCUAUUUAUCAUGCUUGAGUAACUUCUGUUAUGAAGCCUUUUUAUAUCUGCUCUAUGUUUAUUUGUGAUGGUUGAUUUUGUCACUUCUUUCAUUUUAUUUUUUUGUAAAAAUGUUUUUCUUCAACAAUUUUUUCAUCAAGACAUACAUUUUAUGCUUGACUGGUUCAUGUAGUUCCAUAUUUGUAUCUUUUUGACAUGGACCUUUAAAGGUGGAGGAAGUCUGUCUUACAGACACAAAAAAUGCCUUUGAUCCUGUCUCAAACAACUUCCAUGUAAAUGAAACAUUUUGCCAGAAAACGAGAUUUUUUUUUUGUAUAUUUGUUGUAGAUAUGUUAUCUAGUCAGUAGAUAAGGGUCCGUCCAUUCUUUUAUUUAAUACAAUUAUAAAGUGCAGUAUUGAGUGCAUAAUUAUUCAGAAAUCUCGUGUAUUGUUGGUGCUCUUUAUGAUGUUUUAAUGGUGCUGUUUCUUUAAGACUUUUCAGUUUACAAUUGGUCUAGCUUACAUGUAGUUUAUGAUAAAUCACAAUUUUGUUCUAGUGCUUUUUCAUGUCCAAAAACGGAAAUUAUUUUCACACUGAAAAUAAUUGAAAAGUUAAGCUUUUAAAAAGUAACUUAUCAGAAUCUAAUAAAUUUUAAUAAUGUAUUCAAGGGAGAAUGAGUGUUAAAAUACAGGGCCCUAAAAUACUAUAGUCGACUCAUGUAAUUAACGGCUUGAAAUCUUUGCAAUUUUAUGACAUAUCAGGUUGUGUAUAUAUUUACUUUUGUUUGUAGUGUUUUUGUUUGUUUGUUUAUACAUGAUGAUUGAUCUGUUUUUAUGCAUAAUCACAUGAUUAAUUUGGGGAAAUAUAUAUUUUUGAAAACUGAGUGUUUGUAGCAUUUUCAGAAAAAAUAUACUUGUAAUUCAUGAACAUUUCAAAAUAUAACUUGCAAUCAAUUGUAGUCAGAAGAUUUUUUUUAUGAAAAUAGUACCAUAAUGUUAUUUUAAUGAGCAAAAAUUAAAUGGAAAGAUUAUAACAUACUAAAAGAGCAGAGGUGUGCAAAUAAAAUAAUAUAAGUUUUAUAUUUCACCAAAAUCUGUUUAUUCCCUUCUGUUUUAAACAAUUUUAAAAGAAAGGGAUCAUGUUGCUUAGCCUAUUUUAAGCUACUUUUUUUUUUUAUAUACAAUUUCAGUAUUAUUGUGAGGAAUUCAAGGAAGUAAACUUGAUUAUGAGAAAAGAACAAACACUGUAUUACCAUUGGAAGCCUUUAUUGCAAAUUAUGGAUACUUUCAGGAAAAUAAGAAAAUAAGUAUUCACUUUUAUGAUUUUUCUAUUUCAGAAAUACUCAAUUGUUAUUUUGUAAAACUUUCUUAGGGGAGAUAUUUUCUCAGCAUGACAGUGCAUGCAAUUAUUAUGUUAUCCUUAGACCUGGUUGUACAAUUAAAAUAAACUGUUGGUCAUUU